AUGCCUGCAUCUGGGGUUGUUUGCCCUCCAGUGAGCAACGCACGAUUCCAUGCGUACAUGUGCAAAGCGCCAACACGGCGAACUAUGUGGACGCAUCUUGCAGCCACGGGGCCAUCCAUGAGUGCUACACGAGACGGGCCAGCCGCACUCGUGACUGACCACGCGGCGGCGCUCCAUGGGUGCUGUCCAUGUGACAAGGUGUUCCAGUGCCAAUGGCACAAGGCGUACGAGUCGAGCGGCAUGGGCUUCGCGCUCCUCGGUGGUCAGUUGUUGGCGCCAUGCUACGUUCAGAACGCGAGUGGGCUGCGGCGCCGCGAGACGGCGCGCCUCGGCCUUCUUCAUAUCGGUGGCCCGGUAUGCGGCACGAUGAUCAAGUUAAGCGUCCAUGAGAAGCACCCGCUUCGAGGACACAUUCCGACUGGCGUUCCGACCGCGCCUUCGCUGGCGUGCUCGAAUAUCGUAAAAUCUUGA